AUGGCGAGCCAAAAUAAAACCCCUUUUGGCCAAUCCUCUGGAACAUCUGGAGCCUCCCUUUUCGGCCAAACAUCCACGACAUCUCAACCCUCAGCUGGCGGUAUCUUCGGAUCCGCGACGAACUCUUCAGGUUCGGGUGGUGCGUUUGGGAGCACAAAUACGACUAGCACUGGGGGAUCUGGACUCUUUGGUAGUACACCUACGACCAGCGGUGGCGGACCCGGUUUGUUUGGGAGUACGCCUACUUCGGGUGCUCCUGGAACUGGGUUAUUCGGUGCUGCAACCGGCUCCAAGAACUCGUUCGGAGGAGGAGGGGGGAGCGUGCUGGAUGCCGCUGCCAAGACAUCAUUCACUGGCUUCAGCUCUGACAACUUAUCCAAUCGUAACGCGACAGGAACGUCCAAUACUACUCCUGCUGUCUCAACGCAGACAACUGCAGCGGGAGCUACGACGACGUCUUCAGCGCCUCCCUUCAGCUGGACCACGCCUAGCAAGACCUCAGAACCAUCCAACGAUCAGAAUCAGACUCCGAAGCCGACCUUUGGAGGUAUAGGUAGUUCACUGUCCAAUCAAGCAACAACUAAUGUAGCGACCACAACACCCACGAGUAAACCAACUACCUCAAUCUUUGGCAAUUCUACAACACCUGCCGGCCUACCCCCUACGGCUAAUGUUGGUUUUGGUUCCUCAGCGCCCAACCUUUUCUCUCCUCAGAAUCAGAACAAACCAACAUUGUUCGGUAAUGUAUCGAAACCUGCGAAUAACGCUGGGAUCAAUUCUACUACUGCCGCGCCAAGUCCCUUCGACACAAGUAACCAACAGCGUCCUCAACAAAACAAUGACCUUUUCAGCGGGGCGAAAAAACCACAAGAGACUUCUUCUAAUCAGAAAGCUACUCUUGUUCCGCUUGGCGGACAAUCACAACUUUCGCCUGCGCAAACAAAUGCGCCGUCAAUUGGAGGCACUUCCGCCGCACCAGGUUUCAGUUUCUUGAAACCCUCAGUGCCUGUCUCUUCUGCUGCUUCAGUAUCUUCUUCAGGACUCACUUCAAGUGCUCCUGCCUUUUUCCCUCCAAUUUCAACUUCGUCUACCACAGCAAGUAGCGCCCCUUCAAGUAAUCCUUUCCCAGCGGCAAAGCCACAGGAUACCACUGGCUCUACCCCUGGACCCUUCACCUCCAAUGCCACUACGGCUGGCAAUGCAUUUCCAAGCCUCGGCAAGCCUUCAAGCCUAGCAUCGGCUCCACCACUAGGUUCCUCGCAGCCAUUAGUUCAAACCGCAUCCAAGUCAGCCACCAGUGAUGCUCUCCCAUCAACAAAUCUAUCAGCGUCGACAUCAGGCCCACUUCCGCCCGCUCAAUCCCGGCUCAAGAACAAAUCGAUGGAUGAAAUCAUCAAUAAAUGGGCUACGGAUCUUUCAAAAUACCAGAAAGAAUUUCAGACACAAGCCGAAAAGGUCGCUAGGUGGGACCGUAUGCUAGUUGAGAACUCGGAAAAGAUCCAAAAGUUAUAUGGGCAAACGUUGGAAGCAGAGAGGGCAACAACGGAGGUUGAGAGGCAGCUGAGCGCUGUAGAAAACGACCAGACAGAGCUCGAGUCAUGGCUAAAUCAUUACGAAAAAGAGGUAGAUUUGAUGAUCAAGCAGCAGGGAGAGGGCGAAGCCACCACAGGACCUGACGCUGAGAGGCAGCGGACAUACCAACUAGCAGGCCGGCUAUCAGAGAGACUGGAUGAAAUGAAUAAGGAUUUGACGAGUAUGAUCGAUGAGAUCAAUGAUGCGUCUUCAAGUCUGAGCAGAACAGGCAAGAAGGAUGAUCCUGUACGUCUCCCAUCCCGUCCCAACUCCCGCAUAUGGGCACCCUACUAUGCGACUUUGACUUACACUGCGCUUUAG